AUGUCCAAAGACCAUACAGAAGAUGAAGCUUUAACUCAACGAAAGCAAGAAAACAAGCCUGUAAAUAUGAAUUCUCAGUCAGGAUUUUAUCGGCAAGGAAUUCCAUAUAACGAAAUGGUUUCAAGCAACUAUCCUUAUGGGGCAUACCCUGGAAUUACAAUUUAUGUCGAUUCUAAUUAUAAGCCUGAAGCUCCUAUGGGCAGCAAUAUAGUUGUGGUUGAAAGCACAAGUGCCCGCAAAGACAAGGAGCUCUUAUUAUCUAAAAGACCGGUUUUGAUUUCUUGCCCUUAUUGUAAUCAUAGAGAACUCACAAGGAUAGAAAGAAAGCCUGGCAUACUAAAUUGAUUAUAAUGAAGGAAUUACUAAUAGCUAAUUAAAAAGCUAAAUUUAUAGUAAAAAAGUAUAUAUUACUUUGAGUUUUAUGCAUACUUUUACUUCUCGUAUUUCCAUUAUGCUCGUGCUUGGCAUUUCUCUGCACAGGGUUAUAUGAUGUAGAGCAUUAUUGCAAGAGGUGCUCAAGAAGGCUGGGAGGUUUGGAGAAUUUUCAGUUUUUCAAAUAA